CUCCAUAGUUCCGACCAAACAAAAUGAAGAGAUCACGUGGAAGCUCCGAUUCUUUAGCCGGUUUCUUACCAAUUCGCCAUUCUACAACAGACAAACAAAUAAGUCCAAGACCAACAACCACCGGCUUUCUCUACUCCGGCGCCGGAGACUACUCGCAGAUGUUCGACGCAUUAGAAGACGACGGAAGUUUAGAGGACAUCAGCGGUGUUGGACACGCGUCUUCUACGGCGGCGGAGAAAAAACGGCGGUUGGGUGUAGAGCAAGUGAAAGCGUUAGAGAAGAAUUUUGAGAUUGAUAACAAGUUAGAGCCAGAGAGGAAAGUGAAGCUGGCUCAAGAGCUUGGGUUGCAGCCGCGUCAAGUGGCGAUCUGGUUUCAGAACCGCCGUGCUCGGUGGAAGACAAAACAGCUUGAACGUGAUUAUGGCGUUCUUAAGUCAAACUUUGAUGCACUCAAACGCAGCCGCGACUCGCUUCAACGCGAUAACGAUUCCCUCCUUGGACAGAUUAAAGAGCUGAAAACAAAACUUAACGUGGAAGGGGUUAAAGGUAUAGAAGAGAACGGCGUUGAAAAAGCCAUGGAAGCAAAUCAGGCGGUGAUGGCUAAUAAUGAAGUCUUAGAGCUAAACCACCGUCCUCCGCCGCCGCCAACGCAUAUUCCUACUGAAGCUCCGACAUCGGAGCUCGCAUACGAAAUGUUUAGCAUUUUUCCACGCUCCGAAAACUUCAGAGAAGAUCCUGCCGAUAGCAGCGACGACUCAAGUGCGGUUUUGAACGAAGAGUAUAGUCCCACAACCGUUGAAGCAGCGGGCGCAGUGGCGGCCACGACGAUGGAUUGUUUUAGCCAAUUCGUGAAGAUGGAAGAGCAUGAAGAUCUGUUUAGUGGAGAGGAAGCUUGCAAGUUGUUUGCGGACAAUGAGCAAUGGUAUUGCUCCGAUCAGUGGAAUUCGUAAAAUGUGGGGGCAGAAUUGAACAAAUAUAAAAAUUGAAGGUGGUU